UCUUUCUCUCUCGCUGCAACUAGGGUUUUAUUUCCACUACUCGAAAACAGUCGAAGCUAGGCACAGGGAGGUUAAAGCGACGGCUUAGCUUGCUGUCCGCCUUGGCAAAGCUCUUGCUUCGUCUUGGCCCUCGUUUUUGUUCACUUUCUUAGGGUUUCACACAGAUAAACACACAUAUAUACCCACACAGAUACACAUAUGUACACACACAUUUCGUUGUUGUUUUAUAUCUGAAACUCGAAGUCGAUUCAAUCAAUUCAAUGGCGGUGAAAACAUCAAAGGCCGAGAAGAAGAUUGCUUACGAUCAGAAGCUGUGCCAGCUUCUGGAUGAGUACAACCAGAUCCUAGUAGCUGCGGCCGACAAUGUCGGUUCCAACCAGUUGCAGAACAUCCGAAGGGGUCUUCGCGGCGAUUCGGUGGUUCUGAUGGGUAAGAACACCAUGAUGAAGCGCUCCAUCAGGAUUCAUGCUGAGAAUACCGGCAACAAAGUCUUCCUCCAUCUCAUUCCACUCCUUGUCGGUAAUGUUGGGUUGAUCUUCACUAAGGGUGAUUUAAAGGAAGUGAGUGAGGAGGUCGCUAAAUACAAGGUUGGAGCUCCUGCUCGUGUUGGUUUGGUGGCUCCGGUUGAUGUUGUUGUCCCUCCCGGCAACACUGGACUUGAUCCUUCACAGACCUCUUUCUUCCAGGUGCUUAAUAUUCCCACCAAGAUUAACAAGGGUACUGUUGAAAUUAUCACCCCUGUGGAGCUUAUCAAAAAGGGUGACAAAGUGGGAUCUUCUGAAGCUGCACUGCUUGCAAAACUUGGAAUAAGACCCUUCUCGUAUGGUCUUGUUGUACUGUCUGUUUAUGAUAAUGGAUCAGUCUUCAGUCCUGAGGUGCUUGAUCUGACAGAAGAUGAUUUAAUUGAGAAGUUUGCUUCUGGAGUUUCCCUGGUUACCUCACUGUCACUGGCCAUCGCUUACCCAUCACUUGCAGCUGCACCUCACAUGUUCAUUAAUGCCUACAAAAAUGUCCUGGCUGUUGCACUGGAAACCGGAUAUUCCUUCCCCCAGGCCAAUAAAGUGAAGGAAUACCUUGAGGAUCCCAGCAAGUUUGCGGUUGCCAUGGCCCCAGCUGCAACAGCUGAUUCUGGCACUGCUGCUCCUGCUGCAUCUAAGGAGGAAGAGAAGAAGGAGGAACCGGCCGAAGAAUCUGAUGAUGACAUGGGUUUCAGUCUGUUUGAUUAAGUUUAAGUUGGCUGUUGUUCAACGUUAUGAUUUGGAACUAAUUUGCACUUCUUUUAAUUGCAGUUUUGGUUUAAUUAUUUCAUCAGGAUUAUGGUGAGUCCUUAGUAUUGAUACGUUCAGCUUAAUAUUAUAAUAUUUUAGAUAAUUUAGAUAUUUGAACUAUUUUCUGCAAUAAUUUGUUUGUUGGAUGUCUUUAAGUUUUUGUAUGUUUUCUUAUUCUGUGGUUAAAAUUGUUGGAAAUUUCUAAAUUCACUAUGCUAGAGUCUUUCCUCUGGUGAAGUUUUGUAUUAUUCCCUAAUUGGGAGGAUAGAGAUUGUUCUACUGAAACAAUUUUUGAAAACCUAUUCCUGUUUUCUUGUCUUGCAGUCUUGGGUUCCUUUUGGCCUUCCUUUUCGUUUGAGAUGAUUGAAUUGGAUUCCUCAUGCAAUAUAUCUUAGCGAAUCUACCCCUUCUGCCUUUCAAUCAUCCAAAGUUCAAGCAUCUGACACUUCCAAGGGCUCCGAACGCAAGGCUUAACUCGACCCAAUUCUCUAACUCAUUUUAGCUCUGUCAGCUAAGUCAUCUGGGGGGUUCGCCCUAAACGAGUCACCUUAUCCGGCGUAGGAUGCCUGUGAUCUCCGAGCAAUCGGCGACCCAUCCAGCGGGUAACUCCCUUCCCUUUUUGUUUUGCUGUUAUUUCCGAGGACCAAUCCACAGGCGAAGAACCUGAAACAUCAGUCUAAUAAGAAGGCUUCACCCAAGCUAUGAGGCAUAACACUGAAAGAUAGCAAACUCACCUAGCAAAAGAAGAGCAAAAACUAGAUCUACUUGCUAUACUAUAAUCCUUCCAGGCUUUCAGAGCCGAGCUCAUAAACUCAUAGAGCAGAUUCAACAGGGAGAGCCUGGCCGAGAUCUCCUAAUGAUCACCAAAUCUUCAAACUCUUGCUCAAACUGUUUGAUCUACUUGUUCAGUGGAAGUUUCAACAAAACUAGGACCAAGGAGGGGACCGGUUGUGAGGUCCCCGUAAACGAACAAGGAACAGAGUUGUUGGAAAGCUAAAGACCUAUUUCCUGAGUCAUCUUUUCAUUAUUGCUUUUUUCUUUGUUUUUUGCUCUGUGUGAUAUGUUCUCCCUGACCUACAAGGUCUUUCUUUGUUAAGGGUAUGCUUGUUCCUUUUCUUCCUUAUGGCAUGGAUUAGAAUUCCUUAUAUAUAAGGCAACCAAAAGGCAAUACGUGUCAAGAAUCAGAUUCCCCGAUGAGGCGGAUUUUCCGAUCCAUUCCCCUAUCCAUAAGGGGCAACUAUUCUAACUUCCUUUUCACCUUCAGUUUGUUAACAUCUCCUCUUAUUCAAGGGUGGAAAGAAGGGGCAUUGAAUCGCUUUUGAGCUUUCAUUUCAUCCACCAGAUCUUUCGUUUUCAAGCCUGACUUUCAAGGGAGCCGGUUAGGUAGGCCCUUCGGGUGACCAUUUCCAUCGAACGAAGGGAAUCCUUUUGAACGCACCGCUGUACCUCAAUAACGAGCCGUUUCAACCCUUCGGCUUCUUAGCCUCUAGCGGGUGAUUGUACAGAGUAGGUUGCUGUAAUCCCGUUGGGUAUUCCGUAGCAGAUGAGAGGGCUUGUGUAAGGCUAGUGGAAUGAAUUUAGCCAACUGAAUAGCAUGGCAUAGCUCUGCCUUUCAGGUUGACUAAUUAUCUUGCGGUUAGACUUUGGGAGACGCAUUGAGAGUCCCCCUCUCAGGCUUGAAAGCUAAAUCACAAGUUAUGGAGUUCGGGAUCUCAGAGAGAAGAAUUCCGAGCUUGGCUUUCAUCUUUUUACAUUCCCGGGUAUACAGUGUAUAGGUCUUACCAAACAUCAGAUAAUGCGGGAAACUCAUACUGAUUGAUACUAACCCUAAGCUCUAGCUAAAUAAGGUUCAAGCCAGAAGCAAGCGCAAAACAAGAAAGAAAAUAUGCGCACACUAUUGAUAUUGAGAAGCUAAAGAAAGAACAUGGGCGAUGUUAAUGUAUCUCCUGGAGUGUCAGAAAGGCUGUGCCCAUAACAAAAGUAGGAACCGUAUUUGCCACAAGGUCAAUGAUUUGCCUUUGACUAGAAAUAUGACCUGUCCGACCUCCUUCUCCUUAUAAUAGUUGCCAUAGGGAAGGGUGCAGAAGAGGCCCCCGAAAAUCCUAAGUUGUAACGCGAUCUCACCAACUUCAGCAAAGAAAUAUCAUAUAGUCAGAAUAAGGGUCAUUAAGGUCUGGAACGGGCUUGUUGACUAUAAGUCCAGGGAUUUGGGCGCUUGGCGUAGAUACGGCAAGGUCUGGUACGAUUUUUUAACCCCCAAAAGUGUUAGUUGACUGAUGAGGUUUGGGUUUUGACAGAGGAAAGACAUUUGUUUGAUUGGAAGAUUUCCGCUCCUGUGUUGUUAGCCCUUCUUUGCCUGAAGGUCGCGUGCUCUAUUAUUAAAAUCAAACCCCGAUAACGACGUCUAGUAAAGAGGUCUACAGUCGAGCACUUUGUUUUAUUCUUAGCUAUCUAUAAAUGAAAACCAACAGCAAGCAACCUGAUUUCAUAUUCUGGUCAGAGCUUAGCCUGACGCUCUUGAAGGUGAAGGGUGCAUUUACUUUGUUCAGGCAAUUAGCAGUUGUUUGCUCCUUUGUUUAGAGCUUUUCAUCUGGCUUGGACUUCUUGUUUGGAGUCGCCGGUGGUGCAAGGUAGAGCUAACAAAUGAGAUCAAACUAAGAAUCAAAGUAUGCAUACGAAACUCCAAUAAAACCCCUAUUAUUCUUGGACUUCAAAGAAGAAUGAUUUCUCAGGGAAUUUACAAGUGUAUAGCUUAGCUCAUAUAGCCCCCUUUCAGUCAUAUCCAAUCCCAAAUCUAGAUUGAUAAAAGGAAGUUCAGUUUUCAGAGACAAAGCAGCUGGUUGGGAAUCGAGAACAAAUAUAGUAUGUAGAGAUGGAAAACAGACUGUGGGGGAAAUUUCUUCGUUAUUUGAUAGCUAAAAAAGGUCUGGUCCUUCCACGUAUUAGAUCUCAAAUGUAGGACAAACGAAUGCCCCAAUUAUAGCUCAAAUGUUUGGAGAGAAGUCCGAAUUAGGACUGUUCCCAAAUCAAUGUUUGCGUCUUUAGUUUUAAGGUUUGAGAUUGUAUUGCCUGGUGCCCUCUCAAAGAAGGAUGCUAAGGUUUGGGCUGAAUGUUUUUGGAAAUUGAGGGCAUGAGAUUAUUUUAUAGGUUUUGUUUAGAAAUUUGAAAUACAAGAGGUUCUGAAAUUGCUCAUAUUUCGCUCUUUUCAUGAGGUUCAAUGAAUCCCGUAGAUGAAAUUGCUAGAAGAAUUUGAGCUAAAUUUCCCUUUGUCGGGAGAAUAUUUUGAUAAAGAUCUCCCCAACUAGUUUUUAACUUUUUUUCCAUCUACCUUGUUAAGUUUUUCUUUUCCUUUUCAUGUUUGUCUGGUAAUGGUUGUUUGUUCACAAUUCUUUUGAAUAAUUAGUAUCACUCUUUAUGCACACAGCUCAAAUAAGGGUUGAAAGAGAUUUCUUAUAUGCUUUUCUGCUCAAGAAGGUGUCUAGUUAUUGAUUUGUAAGAGCACACUACAAGAAAUUAGGGUUUUAGUGACAGUCAAGACCGUCCUAAAAAGCCCCAAAACCGUCACUAAUGAUUAAAUCCGUCCGUCACUAAUUAGAGCGUCGCAAAAGAUUUUUAGGGACGGAAAAAAUCGACUGUCACCAAAAAACUCAAGCUGUAGGAAUGGACUUACUGUCCCAAAUAAUACUGUCACUAAAAUUUAUUAUUUACCGUCCCUAAUGCUUUAUUUUUUUAAUUUUUUUUAUUAUAUUUAUGACAGUUUGAAACUGUCCCUAAUGCUUUAUUUAUUUAUUUAUUUAUUUAUUAUAAUUAUUGGUAUGCUAGAUUUAGUGUUUUCGCGUUUUUUUUUUUUAUCAAGUUUUUUUAUAACAAAUUAAAAAUCCAAAUAUUCAGCAUAAGAGAGACGGAAAUAAACCAUUAAUUAUCAUAAUAAAAUGUUUACAACACAGUAAAAUUAGCCAAAUAUUCAACAAAACAUACCAACUCAAAUAAUCCAUUAACCAAAAAGAUUACACGAUAUUAACUAAAUAUUCAGCUAGAAUGCUCAAAUGUCUUUUAUAUUCAAUUGACUAAAGAGAAGACAAUCUAUUGGUCAUUCAGGUGGUUGUGGUUGUGGUGCUAACUGCCGCUGAAAGAUGAACAACUGAGCUUCCCUUCAUAAGAUGAUUAUACUUGCAAUCAAACCCAUAUUUGCAUCUCCCAGUGCUAAUGAAAUAUCGACAUUCAGGUUGAUCAGGUCACUCAGGUAGAAGAACUGAUGUAGACAACAUAUGCAACUGUCCACGGGAACCUAAAUCACCUUGAUUCUUGGAGUUGUAAAUAACAUUGGGUCCAAAAACACUGCUAGAAGAUGGCUCAUACUUCACUGAUUGACAUUGUAAACAUGAAUUAGAAAUACAAUAAAUGACACUUAAAUUAACUAUAAAAAAAAAAAAAAAGCCUCCACCCCAACUAAUUGCAGUAAGUGAUAAUUUUGUAAUCUUCCAGAGAUAAUUGACCAAACCAUCCCCAAUAUAUAAUGUAAUAAUGCAACCUGUAGUGUCCUUUUACAUCAAAAUUGUUAAAGAAGACAUAAGUAUAUUUCUAAAUAGGUAGAUCCUUAUUGACUCGCUGGCAUAGACAAGAACCAUGAAAAGAACUGCAACAAUCCAUUUUUACAGCUGGAAAAUAACCAAAUUAAGAUAAAGUCCCCCAAUUGAUUUACAAAUAAACACAACCUCAUCAUUUAUUUAAUUUAGGAUCUUAUGAAUUUGACAGAAGUAAUCAAAAUUCACCAAACCUGAGUUAAUCAUGAAGUAAUGAUCUUUAGUCGAGAACAUAUAUCUGUCCAUCUGAAGUAGUGAAGGUUGUCAUCAUAGCCAGAGAGAUAAUAUUGCUAUUCCAGAUCACAAUAUUCAACUCUCCAAGCCCUCAAAUCAGAGUAAACACGAAUUUCUCUUUAAAUGUAGGAUUGUUGCCUCCAAUUAUUUUUUAAAAACCAAAUCAAAUUGAAUAGUUGUGUAUAAAAAUUAACCAGUAGAAAAAUUCAAGAAACAACACAAUAUAGAUCUAAAUAUACAUAUAUAGAGAGAGAAAAAGGGGGAGAGAAGAAACAUAUGCAAACAUAGGGAUCUUACCUCAAAAUCCACUUUGUCUCUUUCAAUAAGCAAUCUCAUUCACUUGAGGAAUAAAAACAUAUGUCCUUGUCCUUGUGCUUUGGUGCUUAACAAGCAAAGACCAAUAUAGUCUCAUUACAAAUUGAAUAGUUGUGUAGAGAGAGAAAGUGGAUAUUGUUAGAUCCAUAGUCAAAGGGUACAAAGAAUUACUUAAAAAUGAGCAACUGCUACCAUUCUAAUGAGAAGUACUUAAAAAUGAGGAACUACUACCAUUCCAAUGGAGAAUGAUGCUAUAUAAAUCUGGUCUCAUUGAGAAGAAAGAUAAGAUACACAUAAAGAUGAAUCAAACAUCUGGAUCAUAUAAAAAAUUUCACAAGGUAAAUUGUAGAAGUGCUGGUACUCCAAAAAUUGCCAAUAAUGUGACUCAUCGAAGCAAUAAAUUUUGAUCCAAAUUUUUUUU